GUAGUCUGUGAAGUCUAUGAAGCUGUAUUUUGCCAUUUUUAAGUACAGGAAAUAUAAAGCUUUGUCAAUUCUAUUCGAGCUUUAGAAAAUGCAAAUCCCUAUUCUAAUAUCUUGUGUAAAAUCUCACGUAGAUAUAAAAAAGUGUUUGUACUUCUCAAGAAACCGAAAAGAAAAAUAUGCACCAUUUCCGCCCAACGCAAAUUGUAUAAACAUUAUUCCAUACAUGUCAUACGCGUAUGUGAUAAACUAAAAAGCAAGUCACAGUAUGUUCAACCAUGUGAGAACAAUCUUUACAAGACGGUUACAAAACAGUUGGACCUUACUUCGAAUUCUACGCUUGACCUCCAGGCUACGAAUCUUCAGAAGUUCAAACUUCCGCAGCCAAGAAAUGAUUCUCUGAUAAAUUGCUUUUGUCACAAAUGGUUUACUGACCUUGGCGUCCACACCCUUACGAGCAGCCCUUAUAUAAAGUUUGAGUGGAACAAGGGUUGCUCAAUUCUUUGUAUCCUUUGACGUAUAUUCCUUCCUAACAAUAUCUCGUUAUAACCGUGAAUCUUGCGUUUGUUGGAUAGUUGCCAUACUCAAGAGAAAUCUUAGUGGAAAACGCAAAAAAACAACGGAGGCCCUUUCGUAAGCGCAGAACACAGAGAAGUGCUUAUCCGUAACCCGAAGAUUUUACGGUAUUUGUAUUAUAAGGAAAUAUACAUAAUUUGAAGAUGCAGUCACAAAAAUAUUUCAUCCAAGAUAUUACCAUGGCCUUCAUUUUUCUUUUUGCACUGUGUCAUUCACCAUCUCAAGCCGGGCUCACAGAUCCAGUACAAACUGCGACGGUGGAUCACAUGAUCAAUUCAUUCAAAGCACCUAUAAUCAAUGAUAACACAUCCCUCAUACCCUCUGGAAAAAAGGAACCCAGACAAGGUUUUAUUCCAGGAACCUUCGGCGGUGGUAACCACUUUGCAACUUUAGCCAAUAUGGCUAAUCUCGGCGGAUUCGGUUCCAUGGCAUCCUUGGGUAGUUUAAGAACUGUUAUGAUGGGAGGCAUGCUAUACGGACUCAGCCUCAUUCCAGCUGUUGUUUUAGCUCUGGGAGGUAGCGGUUUACCAAUGAGCGGUGUACUUUCUUCUCUUGGCUUAAGCAAACGGGCAUUGCCAGAGACCAGCUCAGCUAAGAUGCCCCUUCUGACAGAAUCUGAAACAAGAAGAUUACUGCAGAUGCUUCAGUCUGCCUUUAAACAAUGGAACAUUGCAGAUGAAAAUUGCAAGCAAUUGUUUGUGUGCCAAAUGUACCGUCAGGUCUCGAGUAAUGGAGUUACACCCGACUUAGAAUUGUUCAAAGAAGCUUUAUUGCACAUACUGGAACGCGGUGGACAACGUCGAGCCGGGCGAGCUGCUGAACAUCUUUUAGCCGAAUACGAGCAUUACUUCGCAGCUGCCAGAAUGGGUAUGGACCAAGAUGAAUGUGAAACUCACUAUCCUGAAUGCAGCCUUAGUCUUUAUCCUUCAAAUGAUGGAUUCAGGAAAAAGGGAACGAUAGCCAAGAAAUCUUCCAAAGAAUCCGAUGAUGUUACUUCAACCAACAGUGAAACUCCUAACAAGGAAUCGACUAUGAAAAAGGGAUCUAUGUAGACAUUUGAUAUCCUCGGUAUACAGUUUUCUAACGGAUUUGAAAAGAACGCAUUGUGGGUUUAUUAUACACGGGGGUAUAGGCAUUGGAAAAGAGUAACUGAUCAUCUUAUAUUUUAUCAUAAAUUUCUGCCUAGGUAUAAUUCUAGACUUUACUUAAGGAAUAAUAGUAAAAACGGAUAUUGCCAUUAAGUUGUUAUUCCUUAAGUAAAUGAGAAUUUCGCACGUUAUGUCGGGUGUUAAAGGUAGAAUAAAUUAAAUAACUGUGUUUUUAUGAGCUUGUUUGUAUGGCAAAAUAUUGUAAUUAAAAUGAAAAUUGGAUACAUAUUUCACUUAAUAUUUCUUAAACAUUCUAUGUUUCACUUAAGUUAUUAUUGUAUUUUGUAUCAUUUAUUUAUUUGUCAUAAAAUAUUAAAACUUUCGUAAAUUAUAUAAAUAAUGAUUUCUUUUACUUUGUAAAAUAGACCUGAAUUGAAAGAAAGAAAUGUAGAAUAUUAAAAAAAACUCUUUCCUAAACGUCAUUGGAAAUUUCUAAAUGGUAUUCUUCAGCAAGACGUUUGAUAAAUGACACAAAACUACAAUUUAUCUAUUCAUAUCUUUAACAUGCUUUCGAAUCCUAGCUACUAAUUUCACUUAUGUAGAAUCAUUUUUUAAAGUUCUAUCGAAAUGGAAAGUUUCAGGUGUAUUAAAUUAUAGCAGCAUCCUUGCUUCAUCAAAGGAAUAUCGCUAAAGUUAUUCUGUAGUAACCGGUAUUGUUAAUCACUUAAUUUUAGACAUUAGCCAAAUCCUUAUAUAGGAUAGUUAUUUCAAUUUUGGUGUGGAGCUUAGUGUAUAUUCAAAAAACAGAAAUGAUAAUGAAACCUUAUUAUCUAACAAUUUUAUGCAACUUCGUACUUGCGUGCACUUCACAUAUCAAAACGUUGAUUUGAAGAGCUGAAAGAAGAAGUGAGAGAGACAAAAUGACUACGUUAUCAAACUUUUUACCAAAAUACUUAGCCUAAUAAGUCCAUUUUUGCUUGAAAUAAAAUGACCUGCAAUAUAGGUCCCCGUAAUCUCUAACAUAAUGCUAAUCAAAUCCAAAGUGUAAUUAAGUUUAAAACUUUUGCAACAGAUGGGUAAAUGCAACAGAUGCGUUAGGCAAAAUAUGGAAACUUAGGAACUCGAAAGUGAUUUGGUUAUUUAAUCUUCAGAAGGAAUCUAUGUAUCUUGGCUUCAUUAUUAAUGCGUGUAUGUAUAACAAUUUUAGAUCAUUAAUACGUAGAUUUUAUCACCCUUUUUAAAAUAUACAUGCUUUCCAAUUGCAUAUGUUUAUAUCUGCUUAUUUUAAUAUCCUUUGAAGGAAAAAAAACGGUUAUCGAAAGGUAACUGCUGGUUAAAAGUACGACAUUAUUCCUCCAAGAAUGCUAUCUUAAAUCAGUGUAGGCUUGAAGACAUUUUUUGAAGGAUAGAACAGGACUUGAAGCUCUCUUCUAUACAACUCUUCAUAUAUAUGCGCAAUUUUACUCCUGUAGAAGAGGGAAACUAUGUCAGAUCUUCGAAAGUAAUAGAGUUAGUUGUAUUCACAUCAAUAUAAGUGUGUUCCUUUGUCUAACUGUAAUUUUCCCAUUCGUAUGUUUCUUACGAUUAUAUUAUCAGGGAUUGUAAUACACUAAGAAGCAAAAUGAAAUACUCAUUUUCUAAUUUCUAAUCAGUAAUAUUCAUUUUCUCAUUAAUUACCUAUUUAAAAAUUAUCUUCUCACCUUAUACGGCCAAUAAGGGAGCAUAUUACCUUAAACAGAAAAAUUCUAUUCCUUUAUUUACUUAUUCAAAUUAAAUACAUUCUGUUAAAUUCUUCAUGCUUCUAGGUAAUGAACUAGGAAAAUAUUUACGAUAAGAUCAUUUCAUUGAAAAACAUUUCUUUGAAAGCCUUUAAAUCAACAUGCUAAGAGUUUUCCACCAUUCACUUUAACGUAAUUAGAUCCAUAAAUGUUUUGAUAGAUGUGGUUCAUUAAGAAAAAGAAGAGAGGGCAUAUUUCAGGUAUUUUAUUGGAAACAAUCAAAAAUAAAAUUAUUUUAAUAGCUUAAAUUCCAUGUCGAUUAUAAUUUAAAUCCUUCUUAUUCACAUAGUCCUGAUACAAAUGGAUAAAAAACAAAUUUAGAAGUCUUGAAA